AUGUUUGUUUGGCAAGCGGUGGCGCUGACGGCCGGGCUGUGCUACGUGGGCGCGGCGGCGCUGACGCAGUCGGGCGUGCAGGCGGUGCAGGGCGCGCUCUUCAUCCUCGUCACCGAGAACACCUUCUCGCCCAUGUACGGCCUGCCCGGGCUGGUGGUGGAGCCGGUGCUGUUCGUGCUCAUCAUGUACUGGCUGGUGGGGCUGCGGCCGACGUUCUACGCUUUCGCCAUGUCGCUGCUCGUCGUCACCAUCACCAUGAACGUCGCCACGGCCUGUGGCAGCUUCUUCGGCAACGCCUUCGAGUCGGUGUCGGUGGCGAUGGCGUACCUCGUGCCCUUCGAUUAUGCGCUCAUGAUCACCUCCGGCCUCUUCAUCAAACUCAGCUCUCUCCCGCCGUUGGUCGGAUGGGUGCGGCACGCGUCGUGGUUCAUGUACGCCAACGAGGCCCUGAGCAUUCUGCAGUGGGACGGCGUGUCCAACAUCACUUGCAACACGGCGCGGCCGGACCUGCCCUGUCUGUCAGAGGGCACGCAGGUGUUGGACCAGUACAGCUUCCUGCCGCAGCAUCUCGCCACGGAUCUCUGGGCCAUGGGCACGCUCUACUGCACCUUCCACUUACUCGCGUACAUCUGUCUACGUUGGCGCGCGUCAAUCUCCUGAACCCUGCGAAACCCCGCGUUCUAAGUGUAAACCAACUUUUGUAUGCAAAUAAAAUUGCAUUUUAAUAUCUCUGUAU